AUGAGAAAUCAUACAGCAGUAACAACGUUCAUCCUCCUGGGACUGACAGACGACCCAAAACUACAAGUUCUGCUUUUUGUAUUUUUGCUUCUCACCUACAUGUUGAGUGUGGCUGGGAACCUCGUCAUUAUCACCCUCACACUUUUGGAUUCCCAUCUUAAAAAGCCCAUGUAUUAUUUCCUCCGAAACUUCUCUUUCUUAGAAGUCUCAUUCACCACGGUCUGUAUUCCCAGGUUCCUGUAUUCUAUGGCAACUGGAGAUAAUACUGUUACCUACAAUGCUUGUGCCACCCAAUUAUUUUUUAUUGUCCUCUUCGCAGCAACUGAAUUUUUCCUCCUUGCAGCCAUGUCUUACGACCGCUACAUGGCCAUCUGUAAACCCCUGCACUACACCACUCUCAUGAACAACAGAGUCUGCACUGCCCUCGUUCUCUGCUGUUGGUUGGCUGGCCUGUUGAUCAUCCUCCCGCCUCUUGGCAUGGGCCUCCAGCUGGAAUUCUGUGACUCGAAUGUGAUUGAUCAUUUUGGCUGUGACACAUCUCCUAUUUUACAGAUAACUUGCUCAGACACCGUGUUAAUAGAGAGAAUUGCUUUGAGUUUUGCUGUGCUAACACUCAUUUUUACUUUACUGUGUGUGGUCCUCUCCUAUACAUACAUCAUCAAGACCAUUCUAAGAUUCCCUUCUGCCCAACAAAGGAAAAAAGCUUUUUCCACCUGUUCUUCCCACAUGAUUGUGGUUUCCAUCGCCUAUGGCAGCUGCAUCUUCAUUUACAUCAAGCCUUCAGCCAAGGAAGGAGUGGCCGUCAACAAAAUGGUGUCUGUGCUCACAACCUCCGUCGCCCCUUCGCUGAAUCCGUUCAUCUACACACUUCGGAACAAACACGUGAAAGAGGCCUUUAAAGACACAGUAAAACGAGUUAUAUUUCUCACAAAGAAGUAA